GUAUAUAAGUAAGAAGAAUAACAAGAAGAAGAAUAAUAAUAAGAAUAAGAAGAGGAUAGAAAAGAUGCGAGAAGUCGCGCUAGCGCUAGCGAGCCGAGACGAGAACGAAACAGCGAAUCGAUCGUCCAGCGUCCGUGAGAAGAACGUCCUGCGCGCUAAUCGCUAUCCCGACGCUAGUAUUCGCCCGUACUUUGUCGUCGUCGAAUUAGUCAUUUUGUUGAGACCCCAACAACAAGAUCAUCUCUACCAUUACCACCGUCGCCGCCACCACCACCACAACCACCACCAUAGCCGUUACUUGUUAAGGGAAAUGAAGGACGAAGUAAAGAUGGACGCGAAUCGGCUCAUCGCCGAGGUUUAUAAACGACCCGCGCUUUGGAACCAGAGGCACAUAUCCUAUCACAAUCGAGAAGUAACCAACCGCGUUUGGAUGGAAAUAGCAGCCAUCUUCAAACUUCCCAAACCAGUAUUAAAGGCUAAAUGGAAAGGUCUUCGGGACACGUUUCGUGCCGAGCUUAAGAAGGAUAGAUUUUUUCGGAGAAGUAAAUAUCAUCGCAACAGACCAGUAUGGAUUCAUUUCAAGAGUCUACAAUUCUUGAAGGAACAAAUGCUUCCAAGGCCACCGAUUUGGGAACGUGGAAAAGCAGGUAUGGAUGGGGAUCAAGGAUUAGGAGAAAACGAUUCUGAAGGGAUGUUGACCAAGAAUGGUACACCUUUGAAUAGAAAUUUGGACGACAGGGAUACCUUGGCAGAUCAAUUGUUGUCAAUGAGCUGCGAAAAUGGUACGCUGCAAAUCAAAGGUAUCGAUCAUCGAGUUGACAUUAAACAAGAACCGGAAGAGAGCUUCGAUAAUUUGGAAUUUCAAAAUGUUACGGAUAAUUUAGCGGACGAUGAAAUGAUGUUGCAAAAUAUAUCACCCGAACAAGUAUUAAUGGGUGAGAGCGACAAUGGUACCGGAUUAACGGUUGAUCCUUUGGAAGGUAAUCGUUUUGACGAUACUUAUUAUUUCUUCAUGAGCCUUUUACCGCACAUGAGAAAUUUACCGGCCGAUCGAAGAAUGUUAUUAAGAAUUCAAAUGGAAGAAUUGGUUUACAAGGAAGUUUAUAAAAGAGGUAACGAAGAAGUCGAUGCAUGAUGAGAAAAGGAACUCGGACAAGAGUCCGCUGCAACGACAAAUUUACAAAAAUAAAACGACCGAUUUUCGUAUACAAUCAAACGAAGAUCAGUAUUAAAAAUCUUCAAGAACGAAACCGCCGCCGUCGUCGUCUUCUUCUUCUUCGUCGAAAGCGGAAAAGGUCGCGUAACGAAAUGGAACGAAUGUAUACAUAUUAUAGUCUUGACAUUUUUGUUCCUUUCUAUGCGUGGAUUUCUACUCGAGACAAUGACGCUUUCCGUUUUGCUCGUAAAACCAUUGAAAUUGGCUGUGAAGAGAUCUGUUGACAGUAGAAACGCGAAGAUGACGGUAAUAAGGAAUUCUUUUUUUAACAAAUAUCAUCAUUCCAAAUGCGCGUACUUUUUUUUUUUUUAUCUCUCUAGUUAAUGCAUACUUUGUCAUUGUAAUAAUUUUUAGAAUAAUUUUAAUAAUCCUUGACUUUUUUUUGUUCUUUACAUUGAUAUGCAAAUUCGAUUUUCUUGUUUAUUUUUAAUCAAGGAAAUAGAAAUAAUUCGAUAUCGAUGUUCAACUUGAACCUUGCGUAACGUUCUUUCGAACGAGCGAAUGCACAAAUUUCUCUUAAACGAAAGUUCUUUGUGCCAUAAUUAGUACGUGUAUAAUAGUACUACUAUCGCACGACCGGGCUUCCAAUUGUUACUUUGCUUUUUUUUAUUCCACGUUAAUUUUAUUCGUCAACAUAUAUAUAUAUAUAUAGAUCGAUAUUAAAUAGCAUCUAUGUAAAUAUAGAAAAUGAUCGAUGGAAAAACGAUUGGUCGGUUGUUCGUACUAUGUAUCGCGUGCAAGGAUAUCAUAUGCUGCGAAAUCGUCUGCACAAAAAAAAAAUAUUGUCUAACAUAUUAAUAUCUAUAACUAUUACUAUUAUCAUCUCUAUGACUAUAGAAACAAAUUUCAAAUUCAAUUGUGCAUGAGGAACGACAAUUACUAUACAAUGUUUCGGUGUGUAUAAAAUGAAAAUUGUAUCAUUCAUUCGAUCGCAUUCCUUUUCUCGUGAAAUUUAAAUUAACGUUAACCCCAAUGUAUAUUAGAAAGAGUGGAAAAAAGAAAGAAUAAGAAUAAGAAUAGAAGGGAAAGGUAAAAGAAUAUCGAGCGAAAGGAAAAACAAACUAGGUCCUGGUCGAUAGCGUGGGAGUAAAAUAUAUAUAAAUAUAUAAAAAGAGGUUCCGUAAGUUGAGAAUCACUGGUACGGUCGGUACCUGCAGGUACGAAUGUGCAGCAUGCACCUGUGUGCCAAGAUAGGCGGCAUGUAUAUGCACUUGCGUGGCUCGGUAAAAAGAAGUUAGUGCGCAUGCGCGACCGUUCGUGGUCACUCGCGCACCUCCGGUUUCGUUCGGCCGUUUUGCUCGCUUUCGCGCUAAGACUCGCACCGCGUACGGUCGUGUCGCUCGUCGUUUCUCGUCCAGUUUUAUUCAUAGUAUUUUUAUUCGUACGAUUGUUUGUUUCUCGAUUCGUUCGUUCGUUCCUUCGUUCAUUCAUUCGUUCAUUCAUUCGUUAAUUCGUUUGUUCCUUCUUUCGUUCCUUUUUUCUUUUUUUUUUGUUUUACCAUUACCUAUUACGCCAACUGUGUUAUUUCUUUGCUUUAAAUUCUUUUCAUUCUUUCUCCUUUUUUCCCCUCUCCCUUUUGUCCACUUAUUACCGUUAGUUCAAAUGAAGCAUCUCCUUUUCUUUAAUUUUCCUUGCACGAACGAACGAAGACGAGUUAAACGUUACAGGUGUUUAUAUCAAUUUCUCGGCUGACGAUAACUCUUCUAAAAAUAAUAACAAUAAUAAUUCACGUUGUGCGAUACCUAUUACGAAACAAUUAACAUCUUACAAACUUGAUAAUUCGUGAAUAAAUCUCGUUUAUAUACUCGCGUAAAUCGUGACAACGCAGAAGUAUAUACACAUUUUGUACAAGUUUAACUGGAAUAUAAUAUAUCUCGCGUUAUAUUAUAUUCCAUUACUAUUAUAUCUUCUUCAUCCUUGGCUUGCAUCUUCUGAAUCACACACACGUAUACAUAUUCGUCGUUUUUUCAAGGUGAGUCCACUCUCGUAACGUUUCUUGGCGAAAAAAAACCCCCCUCCGUUUUUUUCUCUAAGGAAUCCUCCAAAUCAUCGACCUUGACCUUCUUCUUACCUUUCAUUCUUUUCUAUAUCUUUCUCUUUCUUUCUCUUCCUGUAGACAUGAUGCACCGAAGAAAGUAUUUCGGUAUAUUUCUAUACAACUGUAAUCAUACCUAACUUAUAUAUAUAUAUAUAUACACACACAAAAUACUUAUGCAUACCUAAGGAAGACUUUCAAUCUUCUUUUAUUCCCGGAUAUAAUACUUGGACCCGUUUCUUUUCGAAACUCGACAGCUUUCGAAAGAUGCAUCCUACGUGUAUGCAUUUUUUUUUUUUUUUUAUUUUCUUUUAGUUGCGCUUCUUCUUUUUUUGUUUCCUUCUUAUAUGUCGUCGGUCGUAGUCGUCGCGUUUCAUCGAAUUUUAUUUUAAAACGAAACCGUAAAACUAUUGGGAUCAAGUUAAUUCAAGAGAACAAAAUUCCUGACGGUUAAUGUUCUUCGUGUAGUUCCCAUUUAAUAUCAUAAUACUCCCUCUACUAACGAAACACUUUUAUUUUUACAAGUGUCGAUAUUAUUUAAAAAAAAAUAAACAAGUUAUGUUCAAGAUAAAUAAACACACAUAUAAUUAUUAUUAUCAUUAUCAUUAUAUUAAGUAUAGAAACUAAUUAGGUGCGUUUUUUUUUUUUUUUAAACAAAUAUAGUAUUCAUUUAUAAAUUAAUCAUAUACGUUUGUGUUAUUCUUCGAUAAUAAUUUCCAUUAUUUUCUGUCGAAUUUUUGUUGACAAAAUAAAAAAAAAAAAAAAACAUGAUUGCAAUUUUGAUGCAAUAAAUUUUAAAUAUCAAAGCACCGAAUUUAUUUCUACACUUAAUAAUAAUUUUACGGUCAUUUCCCAAUUAGAUGAUUGUAAAGAACGUUGUUGUAUGUUUCGUGUAUGCAAUGUUACGUAUAAUGUAUGUAUGUAUGACGAGCUCUUAGUAUCUAACACACAGUAUUUGUCAUAAUCAAGUAAGAAUAUUUUUGCAACGGUAUACGCACUUCGGUAUAACAAGAUAACCAUUUCGAAUACUUUCAAACGUUCUCAUUUCUAAACAUAUUACAUAUAAUUUUCUGAUUUGUAAAGUAUUAUUCCAAAGAUAGAUUUAUAAUCUUUCAUGAUUGUAUGUAAAUAAAAUUACAGACUGAAUGAGUUCGAUUCUUUAUGGGGUAUCUUUCUCCUUGAUUAUAAAAAAAAA